ACGAGAAUGUUCAGACCAACGUUUUUGACUCAAGUCUCGAGUGUUGCCGUCGAUCUACCCGACUGGCUAAAUGAGAAGGAAUUGCAGCAAAUCAUAAAAAACGAAUUCCAAACAUUUCAACAAAUAGAAAACAUUCAGUGCAGAUCUCAGCUGAAUACGCAGCGUUUACAAAUCCAAAUAAAGUUAGCAGACAACUCCACUCGCACAGUGAACUAUCAGAUUAAGUCGAAGGAACUUGAGACCCUUAAGUUUCCCCGAUACCAAAGUUUCCAGGUUGAGCUUCAUAUGCGCAAGGUCGUACUGCCAGCUAUGGAGAACCUCUAUAAGAAUGUUCAGAAAAACAUUACCUUCACGCUCAGCAGCUACCCGACUAAGAAUGGUCUGUUAUUAGAGGAUCUUCAAGCCAAGGGCUAUCGCCUGGCCAGUCAACCAAGGGGUCUAGACCAAGCAGCAAUGGAAGUGGCGCUAUCAAAGCUGGCAGCAUAUCAUGCCGCUUCAACGUGUUAUUUGCAAAUAAAUCCAAAUCAAUUAGAUGAACUUUUACCCAGUAAAGAACCCGGUGAAGAUAUUCAACAACUAAAGGUCUGGCUACAACGAAAAUUCCAUGAGAGUUUGCGGGCUAAUGGCUUGCAACAUUAUGAGGAUAAGGUGAAAGCCUAUCAAAGAAUCUUAGCGAGUCAUGUCGAGACGCAUGAUCCGAGGAAGUCCUUUAAUGUCAUUUUGAAUGGCACCUGUUGGGCAAAUAAUUUACUUGGCCACUUUGACGCGUUUGGACAGCUUAAGGACGUUGUUUUCAAUGAUUUUGCAGGUGCUAGGCUUGGACCUGCUGUGCACGAUCUGCUACUACUACUGUUAACGGCACCUGCAGCAAAAACCGAUCAAUUUGAUGGAUUUCUAAGACAUUAUGUAGAUGAACUAACGGUAAAUUUGAAACUAUUAAAGUUUAAGGGCAAGUUUCCUACCUUAACAGACAUUCAACUGGACUUACUUAGCUCUGGGCACUGGGCUUUUCAGACUGUCACUGAAAUUCUACCUAUUGUGCUAGCUGAUUUGGGCUGUGAAGAUAUUGAUGAAAUGUUCAAGUUAACACAAUAUUCGGUGGAAAUUCAGAAGCUGUUGCCCUGGUUGGAAAACCGUGGUUACUUUGAGGUCGAUUAGCAAAUUAAAUUGACGUUAAACUUGUACAUAUUAUAUAAAAAAAUAAGCAACAACAACCACCUGGUAAUCCCCCUAAAAGCCACACUUCAAACUGCAACCUACAACAUUAUUUUGAAGCCUGAUUUGCGUGCGAACUGAUGCAGCUGCUGCGGCACAUGUUGAUGCCACAUUGAAGUCACAUUAGAUGGAAGACAGGGAAACCCAACAACAAUUAGGCAACAACAACAUAAACAAAGCGUAAAAUUAUUAUUAAUAAAUUAUGUGAUAGGGCUGCUACACAAUGACAAUUGUUGU